UCAAACUCAAACAACAAACUCAAAAAGCUUCUUCCCUGUUUUUACUCCCUCCUCUGAAUUAAGCUCACUACACAAAAACAAAAUGAGCACAAAUAUAAAUAUUGACACAAUUUGGGUAUUUGCCCUUUUCUCAAAAUGCAACCAUUUUUCCACCUUCAACUUGUUUAUCUCCUUAUUUGUCAUUGCCAUUGUUUGGUUAACUAUGGCCUUACUCCAUUGGUCUUACCCUGGAGGCCCGGCUUGGGGAAAAUACAGGUUAGCCCGGAUGUUUCAUUGGGCCAAAAAACCCAUCCCUGGCCCAAGAGGCCUCCCUAUUAUAGGCAGUAUGUCCCUCAUGACGGGCCUAGCACAUCGUAAGAUAUCCGACAUGGCGAAAACUUGCAACGCCAAACGCCUUAUGGCCUUCAGCCUCGGCGAAACCCGCGUGAUCGUCACGUGCCACCAUGAAGUGGCUAAGGAAAUACUUCACUCUUCCAACUUUGCUGACCGACCCAUUAAAGAAUCUGCCUAUAGUUUGAUGUUUAACCGGGCCAUCGGGUUCGCCCCGUAUGGAGUUUACUGGAGGACCCUACGUCGGGUUGCCUCAACCCACAUGUUUAGCCCUAAACAAAUUAAAGCCUCUGAGUCCCAAAGGUACGUCAUCGCAUCAGCGAUGACAGGCUAUUUUGGUACCCAGACCGGCCCGUUCCAACCUAGGGAUGUUCUAAGACGGGCCUCGUUGAGCAAUAUGAUGGGCUCAGUGUUUGGGCAGAAGUGUAGUUUAGUUGAAGGCCCGGAAAAUAAUAAUAAAGAGAGUGAGGAGUUGAGGGAGAUGGUGGGUGAAGGGUAUGAUUUACUAGGGAUGUUAAAUUGGGGUGAUCAUUUGUCUUGGCUAUCUGAUUUUGACUUUCAAAAAAUCCGGUUCAGGUGUUCUCAACUUGUUCCUAAAGUAAACCGGUUUGUGGGUCGUAUUAUUACCGAACAUCGGGCUAACCCGGUUCCAAACAGCCCGGAUUUUGUUGAUGUCUUGCUAAACCUACCUAGCUCGGAUAAACUUUCCGAUUCGGAUAUGAUCUCGGUUCUUUGGGAAAUGAUUUUUAGAGGAACCGAUACCGUCGCGGUUUUAAUCGAGUGGAUCUUGGCUAGGGUAGUCCUUCAUCCUGAUGUUCAAUCAAGGGUCCAUGAUGAGCUUGACAAUGUCGUCGGAAGGUCACGUGCGGUUUCUGAGUCUGAUAUUACAUCAUUGGUUUAUUUGACGGCUGUGAUUAAAGAAGUCCUCAGGGUUCAUCCUCCGGGCCCACUACUCUCUUGGGCCCGGUUGGCUAUAGGGGACACUACUGUUGAUGGACAUCAUGUGCCGGCUGGUACUACUGCCAUGGUGGAUAUGUGGGCCAUUACACGAGACCCGGAGGUAUGGGCCGAGCCCGACACGUUUAACCCGGACCGGUUUUUGGGGUCGGGUGCCGCGAGUGAAAUCUCGAUUCUCGGGUCCGACUUGAGGCUUGCACCGUUCGGGUCGGGUAGACGGGCCUGUCCCGGGAAGGCGCUCGGGCUCGCCACCGUAAGCUUUUGGGUUGCAUCGUUAAUGCACGAGUAUGAGUGGGUGUCGUCAGCGGCGGACGCCACGGUGGACUUGUCAGAAGUGUUGAAACUAUCUUGCGAAAUGGCUCAUCCUCUUACGGUGGAAGUGCGGCGUAGAAGGGCAUCAGUGAUGUGAAGUGAAUUCUCAGAAUUUGAUCCUGACCCUUCAUCACUAGAUGAUCAAUCAGACAAGCCAUGUUUUUUUGUUUGUUGGUUUAGUUUUUGUUUUAAUUUUUUGGUUUAUCUUUUUUACCCUUUAAGUUCCAUAUCUAGAGUGACUGAGUGGUGAAAUUAUUUUAUAAAUGAUAGUAGAAAAAGCUCAGUGUAAAUUCGUCUCAUGAGUUUGAUGUUGGUUGAGUGUUUGUACAUAAACUACAAAUCCUAUGGAAUGUAAGGUACAUACUAGUACAACUUUUAAGGA